AUGGACAUGAUGAUAUUGUUCAUUGCAACAUUUUGUGGACUUGGGUCAAGUUUGACAGAAGUAGACAAUUUGGGUCAAAUUGGUGAGUCUCUGGGAUAUCCAACCAAAACAAUAAGCACAUUUGUGUCCUUGGUGAGCAUUUGGAACUACUUUGGGAGGGGCUUUUCUGGGUUUGUCUUUGACCUAAUGGUAAAGUGGAAGGUUCCAAGAACACUCAUGAUGACCUUUAUGCUUGUUCUUUCAUCUCUUGCCUACCUCUCCACUGCCUUCCCAUUCCCUGGUUCAGUCUAUGUGGCAUCAGUGAUCAUUGGAGUUUCUUUUCGUGCUCAAUUGACAUUGCUUUUCACAAUAAUUUCUGAGUUGUUUGGCCUCAAGCUGUCUUUCUCCAUUUUAGCUGCUGUCACAUUCUUUGGUACUCUUAGUUUCUCUGAUUUUGGUGAUGAGGACAAGAAAGUUCUACAAAGCUUCGAGUCACUUUUCUUCCACGUCGAGUCGCUGUUGUUUGUUUUCCAUGUCGAGUCGUUGUCGUCACUCCUCUCUUCGACUUUGGGGUGCUUGCCUCAUUGUUGUCUCUUUCAGAUCCUGGGCAUUGGUUUCAUCGUUCUCUUUCUCCUCGGUGCGUUGGCGUCUCUAGUGGUUGCCUUAGGAUGGUGGUUUCAUCGGGUCUACUCAUACUAUUGUGUCGACAGUUUCCAAGUCAACAACAAUCAUAGUGCAAGCUGCUUUGUUGUGGUCGGCAGUUACAGUGAAGGUGGCUUUCUCACACCUCCUCCGUCGUCUGAUUUGCGAUCUCAAGCCUUAUCUUCAGGAGAAGACGACCGCUUUCUAGAGAUUUGGCGUGGGUGGCUCUUUUCCUAG